AUGACGGGCCGGCCCCGCUUCGAUUUGGUGCACCACCCGCACAAACGGGGACUUUCGCCCGCCUCUCACCAGCUCGAUUUCCAUUGUGCAAACGGCACGGCCCAACUCACCACCUUCUGCAGCUUGGCCGAGCUGGCCGCCAACAGGGCACUCUCGAGAAUCACUGCCGCAAUCCGCUUCCGUCGCCCGAUACAGGUGACUUUCAACAUCACCUCAUUUUGUGCGAACAGCACCUCGGCCGACCCAUCCCACUGUCUCCAAUCCUCCAAGACACUCGGUUUGGCAUCGCCGACCAAGUGGUAUAGUUGGGAUCACCACACGACGGACACAGUCGCUGCGGGAAUCGAUGUCGACUAUGUCUAUCCUAGCGCAUUGGCAAAGCAGUUGCUCGCGCAGGACCCUGGCGGUCCAGCCAACGACGGCGACAUCGCCGCAGUCUUCAAUUCCGACUGCAACUGGCUGAUGAAAGAUCACGAUGGCCGGAUUUACCGGUCCCUGGCGCUCCUGAAUCGCACCAACCAAGCAGGGACAUGCAGCGACAGCACUGUAUCCUACGACCUGGAGCAGAUCGUCCUCCACGAACUGAUCCAUGGGCUAGGCUUCCUGAGCAGCUGGUAUCCCUGGCUCGGCAAUGCUUCCGUUCUGCUGCCGUCGCAGCCAAUCAUGUCGAGCAACCAUGCGGCCUACAUCGGGCUGACGAAGCCGUACAUCUUCAACAAGUGGAUGGCAACGGUCGAUGGCCAGUGGCUGCGUCGCUACGAGCUGGCCAUCCUCCGGGCAUCAGACGCUGCUGCCCAAACCAGCGCCGGCCCAGACAGAACCAGCGAAACUUGGAUGGACGCCUUCAUGGCCAGCCCAGGACGAGUCCUUGCCGAGAAAAUGAUGAGCAACUAUGGGACACGUCCUGGCCGGCUAGUCGUCUGGUUCAAUGACACCGAAACCCGCCGAGGACGAUACGCCAGGCUCUUUGCAUCAUCGCAGUUCCUCGAUGGCUCCACGCUGUCGCACAUUGAUGCAAGCAGCUACCAAGGCACGGCCGAGUUCCUGAUGAGGCCGUAUGCCACAGGCAAUGUUCUGCUGGACGAUUACAUCCCCAGAGGCAGGCGUGGCCCUAUUGGUCGGAUCGCCCUGAGUAUCUUGGCGACAAUGGGAUACCCGAUAGCCAUGUGA